CGAAGGAAAGACCGAAAACAUGAAGAGAAACCAUGAGUUGAUGACCGAUGAGUCCAAUGAUAAACGCGCCCAGAUCAAUAUCAAACCCAAAAUAACAACGCAAACCUCCACCUUCCAUUUUCAUUCAUUCAUAUCCUAGAGCAGAAAUAGAAACAUCAAAUUCAAAUAAAAACAACAACAAAUUAUAUUUCUGAAUAUAAGCUGGAACGAUGGCCAUGCUCAUGCGCUUGCCUUCCCACCUACCCUGCUCUUCCAGUUGCAGAACUGCUAGAAUAUUGCUGGGGAAUAUCAUGACAGAUAUUGUUCGAUCAAGUAGUGCAAAUUUGCAAUUACCGAGUAGUAGAAGAAGAGUCAUUUCUGUCCAAACUUCAUGUCGAAUAUCUGUCCCAGGUACCUCAUCAACGAGGGAAGAAAAAGUGCCUUCGAGCUUCUUGAGGGACAAGAAGUUGAUUCCUGAUUCAGAUCCUCCUAGCAUGCAAGAUGUCAACCUUUUGUAUCAGUUUUUUUAUCAAAGUACCAAGCUCAUGGUGUUGACAGGAGCUGGAAUUAGCACAGAAUGUGGAAUUCCUGACUACAGAAGCCCAAAUGGAGCUUAUAGUUCUGGUUUCAGACCAAUUACCCAUCAGGAGUUUGUCCGUUCAAUUCGGGCCCGGAGGCGAUAUUGGGCAAGGAGUUAUGCUGGGUGGAGACGGUUUACUGCUGCACAUCCUGGUCGAGCUCAUAUUGCUUUAGCAUCUCUAGAAAAAGCUGGCAGGAUAAACUGUAUGAUUACACAAAAUGUUGAUAGGUUGCAUCACCGUGCUGGUAGUAACCCAGUUGAAUUACAUGGGACUGUAUAUUCUGUGGUUUGUAUAGAGUGUGGUUUUUCCUUCCCUCGGGAUCUAUUUCAGGACCAAGUUAAGGCCCUUAAUCCAAAGUGGGCAGAGGCAAUUGAGAGUUUGGACUAUGGUAACCCUGGAUCAGAAAGGAGCUUUGGCAUGAAGCAGAGACCUGACGGUGACAUUGAAAUUGAUGAAAAAUUUUGGGAGGAGGAAUUUCACAUCCCUACGUGUCAAAAGUGCAAUGGAGUGCUUAAACCUGAUGUUGUCUUCUUUGGUGAUAAUGUUCCCAAGGAUAGAGCUGAUAAGACAAUCCAAGCUGCAAAAGAAUGUGAAGCUUUUCUUGUGCUAGGAUCAUCUGUAAUGACGAUGUCUGCUUACCGGCUUGUCAGGUGCAUAUAUAUUUUUCAUUGUAAAUUUUAGUUUUUGAUGAAGUCAUUUUCAUAUCUCGGUCUGCACAAUUCUCGAACCCAAAACCUUAAAGUGACAGUAAACUUCUGACAAAAAAAAGUAACAGAAAAUUUGUAAUUUAAUCAAUGGUAAUAUAGGAUAAAAAUUUGGACACCUUCUGCAGUUGAAUGACAGUUUCUCCGGUUGACCCGUCUCAAGAAUAUUGACUAUAGUGUCGUCAGUUCCUUGCUAUAUGUCAUAAUCACUCUCGGUUGUGGUGCAAGAUGAGGUUAAUAAUUCCAGUAAAUUGGUGCAGCUUAUGUAAGCAAGGACAGACUUU